AUGUUUUCUUUGUUGAAUAAUUCACAAAGACGGCAUUUCGAUUUGCAAACUGUGAUACACAAUUUUGGGCUAUUUCUAAAAUAUUGGUUAGUUGUUUGCCAAAGUUGUAUUUUGAUGUUAAUUCUCCCUUGGGUGCAGUUGAUCCUAAAAAAUAGCAGGGGAAAAUAAUUAAGGCAUAAACCUUGUCCUGACCUGUUAAAUAUUUAAAUAUUUGAAACUUUGUUUUUCGUGUUUAAAAGUCUAGCCAAAAAUGUUUUAGUUUGCCAAGUGACCAUAUCUUGUUUUUUGAACUACAGCAAACAACAAAUUAUUGAAGGAAUGUAGAUUGGUUAAUGCAAUAUUAAAUUUCUUUCAUGUUUUCCACGGAGGAAAAGUAAAAAAAGAAAAGUCAAAAAAUUUUUGUAAUAAUGGUCAGAAUUAUGAUAAACAAACUUUUAAAUGCAGCUAGGCUUUAGUGACAUAGAUACCUGCAUAAAAUGUUAUCUGCUUAAUUGAGGCGCUAUGCUUGUUGAAGUUUUUGAGCAAAGUAUGUCUAUAUAAUAGCUGGGGAUGUUGUAAAUAAAAUAGCUAAUCUACAUUUAAAUAUGGUAAAAUCAGUAGAGUCAAAUACAGCAAUGAAAGAAAUAACACUAGGAUUAUUAUUAUAACAAAUUCUGCAUUUUUUUUACAUGGGUUUAGGUGCUUUUCUUCAUAAUGACAUGUAACAAGAAUGCGUUUCGACAAGUAUGUGAUAAACCUUGUGCUAGCCGUAUUGUUAUGGCGGAAUGGAGUCCUUUAAGAGACUUGAUAGCUGUUAUAACAAGCAAUGGUGAAGUACGUCUGCAUCGGUUGUAUUGGCAAAAGGUAUGGGUUAUACCUUCAAAAGAUUCCCAUGCAACAUGUUUGGCUUGGAAAUAUAACGGUAAAAUUUUGGCAGUUGGUUACGAAAGUGGUUGUGUGUUGUUAAUUGAGAUUGAAAAGGCAACAGUCAUUUAUACCAUUAACUGUGAAUCUAAAAUAACAUCUCUACAGUGGAGUGUCCAAAAAAAGGAUGGAUUAAGCAUGGUUUAUAAGGACUGCAGUGAUGAAUUUCUUCCUGAUAUCGACAAAGAAGAUUUAAAGAACAAGUUUCAAAAGUUUGAAAUACUAACGUGUGAUAAACAAUAUUCUGUUUUGAGUAUUGGAAAUGCAGAUGGUGGUUUGCACUUGUAUGUUAAUGGAACAUUUUUGUUGUUAAAAUUAACAUCUGAGAAAUAUCCGUUACCGUACAAAAGUAUGUCUGUUGUCACGAGUAAUUUAUCUUUGGAAACUGGCAAUGUCUCGAUUAUUUUGAAAGGUGUGCUUGAUAGUUCGGACAACUCUGCAGAAUAUAUUUAUUUAUAUUGUUUUGAAUCACAGCUUUUAGGUGUAAGAGGAGCAGAAUUAUUGAAGUUUUCAGUGAUGUUCACAAAGGUUAUGAAUCUUAUAUAUCUCUGUGAAAAUCUGUUGAAACAAAUGCGUGACGCAUCUGAAGACAUCCGAAUGAAAAUUAACUCUAAGCUGGAGAAAUUGGACAAUUUAGUGUCCCCUAAUGGAAGCAAUGUUGCUACCGAAUUUACCAUUGCAUAUGCAACUGGGAUUGCUAGCCCUGAACUACAAACGUUUCUAACACAGCAUUUAACAACGAAAGGGUUAAAACAAAUUGCUCAAAGUGUUCAAUCAGGUUAUUCCAGUUUACAUAACAACAUAAAAGAUGAAUUGGAACUUUUGACUCAACACUUGUUGUUCCACUUAACAGAGCUCCAAGGUAUGUCAAAAUGGUUUGAGAAGUUUGGAAUAUUAGGAUUGUCAGCAACUACCGUUCAGCAAUGUCUCAUUUACCUGACUCAGUUUAUUAUGAAAACACAUGAGUUUUUGAUGGUUAUAUCUGAUGAUAUGAACAACUUUAAAAUUUUCUUCAACUGGUUGGCAAACCUCGUCAUUCAAGAAAGCAGUGAGAGUACACAUGCUACUUAUAAACAGCUAUCAAACCAAGAUUACGACAUCAUGUUGGAUUUCCUGGAGCAUCGAUUGGUGAAAGUUGAUGAGAGCAUGGGUACUGGUUACGAUUUGGAGAGAGUGAGCCAGUAUUUCGAAAGUGGAAAGCUAGUGAAAAGUAGAAACUAUGACAGCGACUGGUAUAAUUUUGUCCAAAAUAGUGAGUCCCUCAAGAAUAGUUCUCUGAUUAUAACACCUGAUUAUACUUUAACUUUAGCAGAAUUGUUUUCAUGCUUUAAAAAUGAAAUUAAUGCUAUAUUUGAAUCAGUCAACAACGCACUUUCCGAAUCAUUAAGUGUGUCUUUAUCAUGCAAUUUAUUCAUGCAAGCUGAUAAUCAUAAUGAAAGCUGUUGCUCAAAGUUUUCAUUUAAAGACAGGAAAUCAAGUAUGUUGCUUACUGUGUUACCAUGUUCAUGUGACACAGAUAAAAUGUUUCUUUUUGAUAUAUCUAAUGAAGGUAGAAUUAAUGUAGCUUCUUUGUUCGUUUCACUCACAAAAGAAAGUAGUUUUAACACAUCCACUGAAAUUGAAAGAUACCAAUAUACCGUACGUGAUGUUAAAUUUUACAACGAUGAUAUCAUGACUUUAUUGUUUGAAGAGGAAGAUAAAUCAGAUGAUCGUGUUGUUACCAUAUUUGGUCAGUUGCCGCUUCAAGAUAUUUUGACAGUACCAUUCGCAGCAACCGUACCUAACAUGAUAAAAGGUAUACUUGAUGAAGGUGUGGAUUCUACUACUGAUAUUUCAAGUAUGUUUGCUGAACAACGUAUAAUGGAAGCUUUCCGUGGAAAGUCUAUCAUAGUGAACGGUUACUCGCGAGAAGUCUCAUGCAUUGUUUCACUAAGUGGCCGACGUGUUCGUGUAUUCGACAUGACAGCUGAGGAUGAUGAUCUAGACGAUUCAAAAAUGGAUGACGAUUCAAAGUUGGCUUGCUCUAGCAUUAAUGAGAGUACUUCACAUGAUUGAGAUAAAUAUUUCCAUGGGUUGAAGAACUGUUUACUUUGUAUGUUAUCUGUUCUUCCAUGAUAUAAUUUCUUAAACAUCUGUAAAGUUUAUACAAAA